UCCCUAAAUUCACCCUUCCACAAUCAUAGAAAGAAUAAAGUUUUUCGACGUUUGAUGGGUCCAAACACACUACAAUCACCGCUUACAAUGGACGAGAAUGAUGGUGAACAUCUCAUGAAGUUCUCAAUAGGAACUCCGCCCGUCGAUAUUUAUGCAGUUGCUGACUCAGGUAGCACUUUACUAUGGACCCAAUGCAAGCCGUGUGAUGGUUGCUACAAGAUGAAGCAUGCCAUGUUCGACCCGAACAAGUCAUCAACUUAUAGGAAGGUUCCUUGUUCCACAAAGGAAUGUAGUUUUCUUGAAGACAAUGGAUUUUGCUCAUUACCCAAAAUGGUUUGCACUUACUACUACUCUUAUGUAGAUGACUCAAUCUCUAAAGGGGUAUUGGCUAAAGAGACAAUUAUCUUGACGUCCACGUCAGGUAAGCCUGUAUCCCUGAAAGAUAUUGUGAUGGGUUGUGGGCAUAACAACAGUGGUUCUUUAACUGAAAAUCAAAUGGGAGUGAUUGGGCUUGGACGUGGACCAUUGUCAUUUAUAUCUCAAAUUGGUCCUCUGGUUGGAGGCAAAAAAUUCUCACAUUGCUUGGUGCCAACUGAUACUGAUCCCAAAACUGCAAGCAAGAUCAGUUUUGGAAAUGGGAGUGAAGUUUCGGGUGACGGUGUGGUGACAACGUCAUUGGUCGAUAAAGCUCUAUUCCAGGAUCAAUAUCUAGUGACGCUAGAAGGAGUUACCGUCGGAAAUAAGUUUGUUCCGUUUAGUUCACAAGGAAACUUGAAGUUGUUUGAGAAAGGUAACAUGAUUGUCGACUCAGGAACAACUUUGACAUAUUUUCCGCAAGAUUUUUAUGAGCGGGUGGUAACUCAAGUGAAGAAGACAGUUAAUCCGAAAUUGGAUCCGGUCUAUAUGAAUAUCGUUUUAGAUGAUCCGACAGAGGGAACCCAGCUUUGCUUCAAAACCACGAAGAAUCUGAAAGGACCUGAUGUGACCAUGCAUUUUGAGGGUGGUGCUAAACUCAAGUUAACGGCAGAACAAGUGUUUUUUGAAGACCCAGAGAACAAGUUGUACUGCUUUGGAAUGGUGAACACCUCUCGUUCGGACACCAUCGGUGAAGAUCAAGUCGGUAUUUAUGGAAACAAUCUUCAAGGAAAUAUCUUGAUCGGUUAUGAUCUGGAUAGAAGGGUGGUCUCCUUCAAGCCAGCUGAUUGCAUAAAGAUGAGUAGUAGUAACAUUAGUAGUAGUAGUAAUGGUGCUGGUGCCACUCAUCCCUCAUAUUUCUCCACUUACCUUUUGUGUUUGCUUUUUAUUAAUGUACUCUUGUCCCAGAUAAUAUAUGAGUUUUUCUAUUAG